AUGUCUGACACACUUAAAAACGAAGAUACUUUGGGAGCAGUUUUAUUUCAGGUUCAGGAGGAUUUGAGACAACUCAAAUGUACUCUUGAGAACAUCAGUGUCAGUGAGAGGGGGACAACACUGGACACUCAAGUCCUGGACGCUGCCAUUGGCAAGACAGAGAGAAGCAUCAGGAAGCAUGCAGAUGAUUAUCUGAAAACAGUGACUAAGCAGCUGCUGGUCCUUCCAAGAAUUGAAGACUUGCAAAAGAAGAAACAGAUUCCCAAAUGGAAACCUGCCCUGGAGAGUAUCCAAGAUGUGCGUCCACAAAGGGAAGACAUCUCAGGGGCCUCACCUGGGGAAAAGCACAAGUCAGCAUUAAACAAGCGUUUGUUGAGGAAUGCUGCUCAUCCAAACAACAGAGCUAUUAUGCACCAACAAUUUGGGAUAUCACUCCCUGAUGUCCACAAGAGGAGGACAAAUACAGUAAUUCUGCCCUGGAGCCUUUCAGGCUCUUUAAUAAACCCGGUCACAAAGGCACGUCAUAUCCUGGCAAUGCCUGAAAAAGACAUGCGGACAGAUACAAGUUUGCUUCAAAUGUCGAUCCAGCACAAGCCUGUCUCUCUUCACUCCAGAGAGGCUCCAUGUUCUUCUAAGACAGGCUUGAAGUCAAGGUUUCACAAGCAGCUGAAAUGGGAAACAGAACCUGAAUCCACCUGCGAAGGAAUAGGCAGGGAAUGCACACCCAUCUGGACCCCCAAGACUCCGCCUCCCUCCUCAAACUCCAAGAGCACGGACCACAGGCCCAUGAUGCAAGGCACCAACAGUCUCAUCACUGAAAGCCCUUAUAAUCUACCUGUGCAAGUUCCAGUAAAUAUCAGCAAAUACAACUUUACCAUCAUAAUGGGACGGACCAACCCAAUGGCGGCAGAUUUCUGUCACUUCCAGCAGAGCUUUAGCUUUUGCUGGACCAGUGUGGUAGAUGCUCUGGAGGCUCUGGAAAAACUGCUCAGGGACUUUGCUGUGCCUCUAGCCAAAGUGAGCGGGGAACGGCUAGUGGAGUUAAGCCAUGUUUGGUAUAGUGGUUGGUCAAAGGCUCCUCCAGUGACUGGCUUCCUCUCAGUGCUUGAAAACUGGGAGGAGGUAUUGGGUCUGGUCUCACGCCCAGGUCAGCGCUACAAGGGAGAGGGAGGCAUUGAGGCGGCUGCCAUCCAAAUCCAGUCCUGCUGGAGGCGCCACUUAGCCCGGACAGCCUACCUGCGCCACUGCCGGCGCAAGUGGGCGGUAGGCACCAUCGCUAUCUCAUGGUUGAUGUACACUCAGAUGCGUCAUGUCAGGAAGGCCCUGAAGGCCCGGCGUGUCAGACAGCUGGAGAACUUCCGUAGCAGAGCCCAGCAUCUGGCAGCCAACUGGAAACACAUCCAGUCCUCCAAGAGGACCAUUAUCCACAUCCCUUCAUUAGGAUACUCUCAGAGCCAGCGUAUGAACUUGAGGGGAUAUGACAUCCUACAGAACAUCCAAAUAAGCAGACUGUGUCAUAUUAGAGAUGAAAAUGUGGAGGUGAUCUACAUUUGUCCAAGACAUCUCGGAGGCGACAUUUUGCACUACUACACCAGCCUCCUGAAGUGUGAUGGAGCCCCAGAUGAGGAUGAUACCAAGCCUGCUGCGGCCUCAUCCUCCUCCUUCAGACGCUUCAACAUCCUCACACCUGAGGCUGUAGAUUAUUUCCCGACCCGUAACAUUUGCCUGUCCACGCUGCUAAAGUACAGUCCACGCACCCUGAAGCGCAUCAGGAACCUGAUCCAGGGGAAGCAGGCAUAUAUUGUGGGUGGGGUGGCCCAUGUGGAUGACCUGGCAGUGGCUGAUGAGCUAGGAGUGCCAAUCCUCGCUCCAGAACCGGCUAUCGCACAGCUCUACAGCACCAAAUCUGGAGGCAGGAGAAUCUUUAACGGGGCAGAGGUUGAUGUACCACCAGGUCAAGGAGACAUCUACAUGCUAAACCAGCUCCAUGAAACACUGGCUCGGCUCAUGACUCAAAAUAUAGAUGUGCAGCGCUGGCUCUUCAAGAUGGACUCUGAACAUGGCGGCCGUGGCACAGCGUACUGUGAUACAUGCCAUCUUACCUGCUAUAACUGGGCUCUGCAGGAAUGCCAACGUUAUGGCUCUGAGCUAUGGAACACAGAAUGGAUUCAGGAGUCCGUACUGCUUAGAUAUUUAGAUGAAGUCCCAGAGUGGCUUGCUCAUUACGCCCAGCCUGCUAAAACCUCCUGCUAUCCCACCUGGGCCUGCUUCCUGAAGACCUUCCUCAGGCAAGGCGGUGUGGUGGAGGCCUACCCCGCUUCAGAAAGUGUCACCUGCCUGACAGUGGAUCUGCUGCUGGAGCCCGGGGGUGAGGUGACCAUGCUGUCCUGUGGAGACCAGCUUCAGGGCUCCUGUCAACUGGAAGCUAUAGGCUCCACUGUUCCUCAGACCUCUGUACACCCAGAGACCUUGCAAUCCAUCUGCAUGCGUGUGGGCCAGGCCUGUCUACAGCGCCUUAUCGUGGGUUAUGUCUCCGUGGACCUGGCCACCUUUCUGAACCGCAACACCAUGGAGCAAAAGGUGUGGGCUAUUGAUCUGGACCUCACAUACAGUGACCAGCUGGCCAUGACCCAGAUGCUUCUGAUGAUGACUGGAGGAACGCUGAAUUGCCACACAGGCUGUUUAGAAGUGCCAAUGCCAAUCCAAGAAAAACGCUGUGAACAUCAGAUUGCGGCCAAACCUCCUGUGGUUAAUCGUUAUGCAGUUAUAGGGAGCAGCUUGUUUCACUCAAACCUUUCCAUGUUGUACCAUAAUGUGUUCUUUAUGGUGUGCAAGGCUCAUGGCAUAGGAUUUAACAUGAAGAGGAAGCAGGGAACAGUUUUUGCUGUUUACGACAGCAGUAAGCGUUGCAACAUUGGAAUGAUAACAGUCUCUGAAGAUCUCCAGGGAGCUCUGGUGACCUUUGCUCGGAAUCUGUCAGUCAUUCAUCAGGAAAUAUCGCCCUCUAAAAUGCAAGGAGAAACCAAUUUUAAGGAGCUGAUCAAGAACAUUGAAGAUGUACUGCAGAUGACUGUUCAGAACAAGAUGCGAGCUGUGGAGGAUAAACCUGCUGCUUAAGAAUGCUGCUUCCAUAAUAAACUUGCCUUACUCUUGCGGAGUUAAGCCGUCACGUCUUUGCCACCUUUAAUGUGAAAUUACACUAUGAAUA